AUGAACCCACAGGAAGACUGGACACGGAAGAAGACUGGACACAAGAAGAAGAUGGAUACAGGAAGAAGACUGGACACAGGAAGAAGACAGGAUCACAGAAAGAAGAUGGAUACAGGAAGAAGACGGACACAGAAGAAGAUGGACGAAGAAGACUGGAACGAGAGACUGGACACAGAAGAAGCACAAGAUGGACACAGAAGAAGACUGGACACAGAAGAAGAUUGGAUACAGGAAGAAGACCAAGAUACAGGAAGAAGCCAGAUACAGGAAGAAGACUGGACACAGGAAGAAGAAUUAUUAAGGAAAAGACCGGACACAGGAGAAGACCAGAUACAGGAACCGAAGACUGGAACAGGAAAAAGAUGGAUACAGGAAAGAAGAGGAACAGGAAGAAGACCAGAUACAAGAAAAGGCCGAUACGAGAGACGGACAAAGAAGAUUGGAUACAGGAAGAAGACCAGAUACAGGAAGAAGCCAGAUACCAGGAAGAGACUGGACACAGUAAGAUUGGUACAGGAAGAAUACCAGGAUUACAGCAGAAGAAUGGACCAAGAAAAAAGAUACAUGGAAGAAGACGAUACAGGAAGAAGCUGGACACGACGAGAUAGGAAGAAGACCAGAUACAGGAAGAAGACUGGACACAGGAAGAAGACCAGAUACAGGAAGAAGACCAGAUACAGGAAGAAGACCAGAUACAGGUAG